AUGCAUUUUCACCCACAAGUAAGCGACAAAAAGACCAAAACCAGAGUAGUCCACGUCACAGCUCAGACCAAAAAACCGCCGCUCACCGGCUCUGAUGUGGCGAACCAAAGAAAUAAUCAUCAGCCGCAGUUGGUCUCAAAUUCGAGGAUCAAAAGAUCCCUCAUUGGCGACCUCUCGUGCUCGAUAAACGCUACCCAAGUGCACCCGCAGAAGACUGCUCACAACAAGACUAAAUCUUUUACAGCUUCUUCCGAGGAUCUUUUUCUCGAAAUCGAUCACCUGAGGAACUUGCUGCAAGAAUCCAAGGACAGGGAGGUCAGUUUGCAAGCUGAGCUUUCGGAGUGUAAGAAGAAGAAGGAGGUCGAGAGGGAGCUUGAAUCGAAAAGGAUUGAAAUUAAUGGCCUUCUCAAGAAAGUGGGAUUGCUCGAAGGCGAAAAGGCGAAUCUUUUGUCGCAAGUUGAGGCCUUGAGUCCUGUAAUGGGAAAAAAGCAAGAAGAGAUUUUGAUAACUGAGGCACAUGAUGAUGAUUUGAGUAGUGUGGAGAUGGAGGUUUUAGAGUUGAGGCGCUUGAACAAGGAGCUGCAGCUUCAAAAGAGAAAUCUUUCUGGCAGGAUUGCCACAUUGGAAGCCCAGUUAGCUGCUCUUUCUAAAAUUUAUGAGAGUGACAGUCUGGAGAAAAUUAAGGCAGAGGCCUCUUUACUAAGGCAUACCAAUGAAGACCUUAGCAAGCAAGUCGAAGGUCUUCAAAUAAGUCGGAUGAACGAAGUUGAAGAACUAGCUUAUCUGAGAUGGGUCAACUCAUGUUUAAGAGAUGAAUUAAGGAAUUGUUCUAACAACAAUCUUUCUGACAAGCCAUCAUCAAGCCCCGAAUCCAUUUGCUUUUCGCCUUAUCCAGUUGAUGAAGAUUCUGAUGACAGCAACAACACGGCCACUAAGAGGCAGCUGUACCUUGUAAAAAAAUUCAAAAAAUGGCCGAUUACCGAUGAAGACUUGCAACAAAUAAAGAACCGUAAUUUUACGUGGGACGAAACAAAGAGUUCGGCAAGAAGGCACUCUAUCAGUGGAACAAAUUGCUGUCCUAAAAAUUUAGCAUUUAAUAAUGAAAAGAGAAUUUCGAAUAGUUUUAUAUGCUCGAAAGAGGCAUUAGUUUCGGAAAAGUACGACUUGGAAGUAGUAAGCAACCGGACCCGAAAAGUUUAUUCGACGGCCUCUUUAGGGGUUAAAAAAAGGGCUUUGAGAAUUCCGAAUCCCCCUCCAAGACCUUCUUGUAGUGAUUCAGGAGAAUUAAUAAAGCAAGAAACUUUUUUGGCUUCUUCGGGUUUUCCCCCUUCAGCUCCUCCUCCGCCACCUCCACCCCCACCACCUGCUCAAAGACUAAUGGUGGCUCGGGCCACAACGGGCGGGAAAGUUCAGCGAGCCCCACAAGUAGUCGAAUUUUACCACUCACUCAUGAAGAGAGAAUCGAGAAAGGAAUGCUUGAGUUCUUCGGGGACUACGGAUGAAUUAAGUGUAGCGAAUGUUCGGAGUAGCAUGAUAGACGAAAUAGAGAACCGUUCGUCUCAUUUGCUUGCGAUAAAGGCAGAUGUUGAGACUCAAGGAGAAUUUGUGAACUCUCUAAUACAAGAAGUCAACAGCGCGGUUUAUCGAAAUAUUGAGGAUGUUGUUGCGUUCGUGAAGUGGCUUGAUGAUGAACUCUGCUUUCUGGUGGAUGAAAGGGCAGUUUUGAAACACUUUGAAUGGCCGGAAAAGAAAGCGGACACUUUACGAGAGGCGGCAUUUGGAUAUAGAGAUCUGAAAAAGUUGGAGCAAGAAGUUAUAAAUUACAAAGAUGAUCCCCAUUUGCCAUGUGACCUUGCAUUAAAGAAAAUUGCAGCUUUGUCCGAAAGAAUGGAACGUACUGUGCAUGAUAUCCUCCGAACAAGAGAUUCACUGAUGAGGCACUGCAAGGAGUUCCACAUCCCGACAGACUGGAUGUUGGACAUGGGAAUAUUAAGCAAGAUAAAGUUUGGUUCGGUAAAACUGGCUAAAAUGUACAUGAAGAGAGUGGCAAUGGAACUUCAGUCCAAGGGAGGAGGAGGAGGAGGAGUACCACCCGAUAAUAAUAAAGAUUCGUCCUUGGAUUAUAUGUUACUUCAGGGCGUAAGAUUUGCUUUUCGAAUUCAUCAGUUUGCUGGGGGGUUUGAUUCUGAGACAAUGCACGCGUUUGAGGAGCUUCGAGACCUUGCUGUUGCUUUGAAUAAAAGCAGAGAUUGA